AUGAGCUUUUCUACUUUUGAUGAAGUUGUGACAGUAGCUAGGAAGGUGGAAGCACAAGUGAAACAGGAGAAGCCUAAGGCGAACACAAGUGGCGUCAAGACUCCAUAUAAACCAUACAUACCUUUUAGGAAGAGUGAGUCUUCUUCUAGCUCUUCUAAACAACUUUCUUCUACUAAUCCUUCAAAGUUUCAAAGUGGAAAAUCUAGUUUUAAGCAAGAAGGAUUCAAAAGGACUUGUUACAAGUGCCAAGAACGUGGGCAUAUUGCUAGUGAAUGCCCAAAAAGGAAUAUUCUCACAAUUCACCCGAGUGAGGAGGAUUCUUACAGCUAUGAAUCUGAAAGUAACAAUGAAGAUGUUGAGGAGUAUGAUGCGGAGGAGAAUGACAACCCUCUUUGUGGAGUUGUUAGGAGAGUCUUACAUUCCGAACCUCUCAAAGACAUGCAGCAACGAGAGAACCUUUUCCAUACAAGGUGCAAGGUUCUUGAUAAGACAUGUGAUGUGAUUGUUGAUGGAGGAUCAUGCACGGAUGUGGCAUCCACAGAACUUGUCAGUAAGCUUAAGCUUCCUCUUCGAAAUCAUGCUAAGCCUUACAAAUUGAAUUGGUUGAAUAAUGAAACUGGUUUGAAGGUCAAGAAACAAGCUUUAGUUUCAUUUACAAUUGGCAAUUAUCAUGAUGAACGUUGGUGUGAUGUAUUGCCUAUGAGUGCAUGUCAUAUUUUGCUUGGUAGACCAUGGCAAUUUGAUAGAAAUGCUAUACAUGAUGGUGUUUCUAAUAUAUAUACGGUUACUACCACGGGUGGAAAAAAGAUUAGAUUGUUGCCUUUGCCUCCUAAGGUUGAACCUAUGGUGGAAAGGAGACCUAAUUUUCUGAUUUCGAGGAAAGAGUUCGAAAAAGAGUGUGCAAUGGAGGGAGGAGGGUUUGUACUUCUUGUUAAACCCAUUUCUAAUGUUAUUUCCUAUGCCACUAACUCUUUGUUUUUGAGUCAUUUGCUUGAAGAAUUUUCUGAUGUAUUUCCUAGUGAUUUCACCGAAAGGACUGCCACCUUUCGUGGGAUUGAGCAUGCAAUUGACUUAAUCCCGGGAGCCCCAUUGCCUAACAAAGCAGCCUAUCGGUGCAAUCCCGAGCAAGCUAAAGAGUUGCAAAGGCAAGUGGAAGAACUAAUGGAGAAAGGUUAUGUGCGUGAGAGCCUUAGUCCAUGUGCUGUUCCGGCUCUUUUAGUGCCUAAGAAAGAAGGAACAUGGAGAAUGUGUAUUGAUAGUCGUGCAAUCAAUAACAUAACUAUCAAAUAUAGAUUUCCUAUGCCUAGGCUCCAAGAUAUGUUUGAUGAAUUGAGUGGUGCCAGAAUUUUCAGCAAGAUUGAUUUGAGGAGUGGCUACCAUCAAAUGAGAAUUCGAGAAGGUGAUGAAUGGAAGACAGCUUUCAAAACGAAACAAGGAUUGUAUGAGUGGCUUGUCAUGCCAUUUGGACUUUGCAAUGCCCCUAGUUCGUUCAUGAGACUUAUGAAUGAGGAUACAUUGUUUCUAGUGAAGGGAUACAGGUUGAUCCAGAGAAAGUGA